CUCGAAUAUAUUCCCGUGGCUCGUGAAGCGUCUUCUCAUCAUAAAAUAUAUUUUAUACCUGUGAACUUUUUCCCUUUACAUUUUUACUCCCUCCUACCUUACCCACGCCAACAUUCCCUUGUUUUUCUUUGAAAACACACAUCCUUUUCCCCGACUCAACAAUAAAUACAAUGCAGUUCUACACCAUCGCCGCUCUUGCCUUCGUCGCCGUCGCCGUCUCCGCCCAGGAGGUCGCUGCCAACGCUGAGGAUAUUUCCGUCACCGAGUCCGUCGCGGCGCCCGUUGCCGUCACUGACGUCAGCAAGAACGUCGAGGAGAGCGACCUUGAGUCCAUCGCUGAGUCCAUCGCUGAGUCCAGCGAGGAGGCCGAGGAGAGCGACCUUGAGGAGAGCGACCUUGAGUCCGACUCUGAGGAGUCUGGAUCCUACUCUGGCUCUAAGUCCCGCUCUUCUUCUGACUCUUCCAGCAGCGGUGCUGCCAAGAUCGUCGGCUCCUUUGCUGCUGCCGCCGUUGCCGCUGCCGCUUUCUUCUAAGCGUCUUUUUUGUCACAUUUUAUUUUUUACAUUUUCUAAUACAUAUUUUUUUGCCAAAAAAAUUAA